AAAUGAGUUGAGACUGGCUGGUGGUGAUAGAGGGACACUGCUAUUGGUCGAGAGUCUUUUCUGACGAGUGAUCAGACUGCGUCAGGGUCGCCGGCUCUAGUUCUCCUGAAGGUGGCGGAGGUGACGGUCAGCCCGGCAUGACUCCUCUUUCAACUGUGUUGUGGCUCCUGCUAUGGGCGGCGUGCGUCAUGGCCAGACAACAUGGCUUGCUCGACCAAGGGGUCGACCAAGAGGAGGAAGACUUGGAAAAAAUUUCACCUCAAGCAAAGAUGGCGGUACACGCAGAAACUUAUGAAGUGCUGUUGUCAGCGCAACGAGAAAAUGCCGCCAAGUGGCUAAAGCGCUACGAAGUGGAAGGGGAACUGGAUGACGAUAUGAUAGACGAGUAUUUCAAGGUCUUCCUAAAGACGGAAAUUUCAGACAUAAUAGAUAUCAUGCCAAGACCUCUGGCAAGAUUUGGUUUUAUACUAAAGCAUCCGUGUGUUAAAUGUGUGGUAGAGUACUUGAAGUGCAAGAGCUUUUGCCUUCAGUUGUUGGCAGAAAGCCUCGGCCACACUACAGAUAUGUUUGCUUGCCUGUCGGUCUGCUGGCAGAGGGUCGUCUCCUGCUGCGUCGCUUCCAGAAGGACCAAAGUGAAAGUAGCAAUUAAGGAAGCUUAGGAUAUAUCUACGUAAGCAGCUCAAUUAAAAUAUUUUAGUUUGUCAA